AUGCCUGGGCUUAUCCAAGAGUCGCCCUUCAAGACUAUCGUAGUCAAGGAGUUGCAUCCUACAUUCGGUGCUGAAGUCAGUGGCGUCAACUUUCAAGAUCUAUCUGACGAGCAGUUUAGAGAGAUAGUUGCUGCUAUGGCCAAGUACGGUGUGUGCGUCUUCAGGAACACGGGUUUAGAUGACAUGGCCCACGUUAAAUUCUCUGAGCGCUUUGGGGAGCUUGACAACAUCCGACGAUAUCUUAUGGGAGGGCGGAAACCCCGAUACGAGCUUUAUGAACUGUUCGACGCUGGGAAUAUAGACGCCGAGACUGGUGGAAUCCUCGAUCCGGAGAGUGCACGGGCACACUCUAAUAGGGGCAAUGGGCUCUUCCACGCGGACUCAACAUUCAACCCGCGGCGAGCAUCGUUCUCUCUUUUACGCGCCUGUGAGCUCCCACCCCCGGGACACGGCGGUAACACGGACUUUGCCGACUCACGAACUGCCUUUGAGGAACUUCCCGAAGAUCUGAGAGAGAAACUCCUUUCGCACGAUUAUGUAGGUGCACAUUCAAUGGCUCAUUCCCGAAAGCUGGGUUCGCCUGCCUUCUUCGAGAGCGUCGACCCGACAACGUCGCCGAUGCAACGCCAUCGAAUUGCACAACUUCAUGAGCCUAGCGGACGAAUGAAUCUAUUUAUCGGUGCUCAUUUGCACCAUAUUGAAGAGAACGGCAGGGAGAUCCCAAACUCCUGGGACCUGGUCCAACGACUCAACCAGCAUGCUACGCAAAAGAAAUACACCACCACCGUGCAGUGGAACAACCCUAGUGAUUUAGUUAUCUGGGACAACCGAUGCGUGCUGCACCGAGCAGGUAGUGGUACCUUUGAAGGUAAAUUCAAGCGUGACAUGAGGCGAACAACAGUCCACGAUGAUAGCCCGACGGCUUGGGGGUUGAAUUCGAAAGAUAUCGUCUGGCAAGGUUUUAAUUCACAGGCGAAACCCAAACAUGCUGGAGCGGUGGGGGUAUAA